AUGAGCUCUCCGCCAGCUCAGCGGCGCCAACGCCUCCAAUUCGUUCUGCAGCUGACAGACAGUCAAGAGUCUCGCGUUACGCGCGGACAGUUGCCAGACCUCGACUUGGUUAGGCAGGACAUCGCGAGAGUGCCUGGACUGAAAGAGAGCGUGGCAAUGACGCCCGCGCAGGACGUGAUUUUCCUGCAAAAUGCACGCACAGGCGAGAUCGUACGAGACCCAGUCCCGCGAUCGCUUGUGUUCAAUACCGAGGUGCACCGACUCUUCAAGUACAGCUUCCUCAUCCACAUCGAUGACGCCCCCAAGGAUAUCCUCGAAUCAGUAGUCUGGGCCUUGGAGCAAUUCGUCGAUGUUCUCACGAAUGCACGGACGCGCAACUCGUCGCUUUUGGGCAUAUUACUGUUCAUGCGCUUGCAAGCAAAAGCGAAGCUCACUCUGCUUCUCUUAAAACCGGAAGUCAAUCGACCAGGUGAUGCUGCGAAGUACCAGAAGGAGAUCAUCGAGUAUGCAUUAUCGGGUAGUUCGGCUGCAUCGCUCUUCAAAACACAGCGUGAACUCUUGAUAGUCUUCGCGGAAGCUCUGACGCGAAGCGGCGAGGAUGAUACAACGGCGGAGGCGCUGCUCGAGCGACUCGCCGACUCGCCUGCGUCCAACGCAGACGGGCUACGCGAUCUAGUCAAAGCGAAGAUAUUCCUAUCUCGCAUCCUGCGACGGCGCGGAAAGCCGGGCGCCGCAAAGAAACAGGAGAAGUGGCUCAUUAAGUGGUUCCGCAAGAACCCGCAUCUACUGCCUGACACGAUGCUCCGGGAGCUUCUGAUGCCGGUUGGUGAACCUGCGAGCCCGAUUCUGGAAGCGCUCGGUGGGCCGUCCUGGAUCGAAGGCCGCGAGCACACCGACAAGACCGACCACCGCCUUGUCAUGCAAUGCAGGCAGUGCUUUUCUCGGGAACCGAUGGUGAAGCUGUUCGUGUGCUCAAAGUGCAAGAAGAUCUACUAUUGCUCUCGCGAAUGUCAGAAGCAAGAUUGGCCGUUACACAAGGACGCUUGCAAAGACAUCGCGACCUUGAACAAGAAAAUCGCGCUUCUCUCUCUGACGGACACGUCCGCCGCACAACGGGAGAAAGAUUGGAACGCCUGGCGCGACGCCGUCGACCAAUGGCCCUACGUCAACGCGCUGCGGCUGCACGAAAACCCCGACCGCGCACGCACGCACCUCGUCGUCGAACAGUCCGUGUACGUUCCCAACGCGGGCCCGCUCGCGAAGGACAAGUUCAAGAUCGUCAAAUGCUCGGUGGGCCUUGAGUAUUGCGAGGGGUUACUCAGGGAACAGCCUAAAGCCGGGAUCCCGUUGGUCUCGUUCCUCAUUCUCCGCCAGAGCGAAGGCGUCACUGCGUGGCUUGAUCGUGACACAAUCAUGGCCCUGAGACUUGAGCGGACACCGUAUAACCGCGACUGGCGCCAAGACAUCAGCAAGGACAGUCCUCCUGUACACCUGUUGUUGCGCGACGACAUCAAGGAUGUAGAGUUCGACUGA